UCUGGCAUCAAACCAUAAACCAUGGACCUCUGAUCUGGCAAUAAACGCGUUACAAUCUUUGCACUUUACAAUAGGGAAUUUUCUUGAGUGCGUGUUGGUGUGUGGCCUCUGGAAUAGUAAAUUCAUGACGACCAAACAAUUUCAAUGUCCAGUUGGAAGCAAUGACUGGCGAUGACCGUCUCGUGAGUCUGACCGCUGACCCAGCACUGAUUUCGGCCAGCACUUUGGAUACCCCGGCUACGUUAAAAGAUCUCUCUAAUUCUCAGAGAAUGCGAGAGAAAGAAGACGAGACACUUCACGGUUACCUCCUCAGAGAGUUGACCAUCGACUCCGUUACUUCAGGUAACUGGGACAACAUAUCCGAAAUAAGCUUAAACCCAGUUCCAGCCUCUAACGGCUACAAUAGAUCCAGUGUCUGGAUACACGAAACUGCAUCAGUAACACCUACAAACCAUUUGACUCCCCUGAAAACCUUUUCUAUUGAAACCUCGGAUAAAUACUCAUCCUGCAACCAAAAUAACGAUGUGGUCAAGAGAAGACAACCCGUGCUGACUAGAUCCGAAAUAUUUGUCGAAUCCUCAACCUUCCAUCCCGAGAAGUACGUCCUCAAUAACUCUCCAACUAAUCCAAACAACGACACAGCCAAUCAAAACAGCAAUAAUGGUGAAAAAACGCCUUCCAUUUAUUCCAUUUCUUCUUCCAUCCUAAACAUAAGCUCUUUAGCUUCACCAACGAGAGACUCGAACCAACAGAGAGUGGACUCUCACAGCGCCGUUCUAUUUAGUAACUUGCGAGUCAGAGGUGAUAAGCCAGCCUCAUUAAGAAAAGUAAACUUCAAUACUAAAGAUGCUUCCUCAGAGCCAACUAAGGCGGUAACAUUUUGCUCUGAUAUUACUGACAGUGUUGCUAGUAAUUCUCCGACUUUUGUUGGAUCUGCGAACGACUUAACACAAUCACCGAAACCUUCAAUCCUGAAAAUCAUUUCUCCCACUAACUUAAGAAAAUCUCCAGAUAACAUCUGCCAGGAAUAUCAAGAAACAGCUCCACAGCACGAAGUGAAUGAUGCAAGUGUUGUCAGACAAAUCAGGAAAACGAAUGCAGCUACAAGAGUGUCACUGGACAAAGAGCAUGAGACUACUGUCGACUCGGACGUUGUUGUCCGUACCGGACUUCUCAGGUGUGCCAACUUAUCCACCCAGAAAGGUCGACGUAACCACGCUCUGAUGAUUAUGUUAGUGUCCGUCAUUCCCGUGAUCGCCCUCCUGAUCCAGAACAGCAUUGGAGUUUAUAACCACAGCCUAGAGCUACAGCAGCACAGCGCAGUCAAAGGAGAAAUUUUGUUCAGCGUCGAAAUAGGCAAUCUUCUCCACAGAACACAAAUAGAAAGGGGGACAACUGCACUUUACGUCAGCAGUAAAGGCGAUGGCACCAUCUUGCAGAACCUGACCACUGCCUACCGAGAAACAGACAAAGUCAUAUCCAAUAUGACCAGAUGGGUGGUUGAACCAAACAUCAGUUACUUCCAAUCAGUAGAGUCCUUCCAUGCUCGUCUUAGAGACUUCAGGAGUCAGGUGUUGUCCACCACUAUUCCUAAUAUGACGGUACCGCAAGUGAUUAAGUUCUACAGUGACGACAACGCCAUCAUUGUCCGAUGGGUUGGUCAAGUCAUUCAACACUCCAAGAGUGGAGAUCUUUGGAAGACGCUGGUUGGUUAUUACAUGCUCAUCUUAAGUAAAGAGCAGGCGGGGGUGGAGCGAGCCCUUGGUAGUACAUUUUACGCCAAAGGUGGAUAUAACGACCAAGAAAUGUUGGGUUAUCUGGAGAGAAAAAUUCUUGGAAUGACUUACUUAGAGAGAUGUACGGAGUACUCCACGUCCGUCAACAUACUGCUGAAAAAUGUCUUCAUCGGAAAAGAAACGGAUAUUAAUCUCCAGCGCAUGCGCAGCGAGAUACUACGCAAUGCACUGAACGGAAGUGACGUUGUCAUGGGGGCUCAAUGGUUUAAUAACAUGACCAAGUAUAUCAACAUUCUCAAGACAGCGCAGGAUUCUAUUGCCAGUGAUGUCAUCAUUGGGCUGCAGCUGGAAGUGGAUAAUCUCUCUGACGCCUUGGUCGCCUCAGUGUCAGUAAUGGCAGUGGCAUUGAUCCUGUUUCCUCUGGUCAUCUUGGCUGUUAACCGUCUAACUAACCGCAUUCAAGCAUACGCCCAGACAUUACAGGAACGCACGCGUGACCUUGACGUCGAAAGAAAACGCAGCGAGACGCUUCUGUACGAGCUGCUUCCGGCGUCUGUGGCUCAGCAGCUGUUGAAUCACCAGGCUGUCCCGCCAGUGGCGUAUCCCGCAGCAACCAUCUUCUUUUCGGAUAUAGUCGGCUUUACAACUAUUUGUAGCAAGAGCACUCCCAUGGAGGUGAUUGACAUGUUGAACUACUUGUAUCGUAUGUUUGAUGACAUCAUAGACAAGUAUGACGUGUACAAGGUGGAGACUAUCGGCGACGCUUACAUGGUGGCCAGCGGACUUCCUCAUGAGAACGUCGAGGGACACGCCACUGAAAUGGCUGAGAUGGCACUGGACCUUAGGGACAGACUCUGCCAGAUGACAGUAAAACAUCUGCCUGACGAAAGUUUAAGAAUGAGGAUAGGUCUGAACUCAGGUCCAGUAGUAGCUGGUGUUGUAGGACACAAGAUGCCUAGAUAUUGUUUAUUUGGUGACACAGUGAAUGUGGCUUCAAGAAUGGAGUCUACAAGUCUACCUUUAAAGAUUCAAAUAACCGACAAAUGUAAAAUCGAGUUAGAUUGCAAGGGAGGCUAUGUUAUAACGGAGAGAGGCAAAGUACAAGUAAAAGGCAAAGGAGAAAUGACAACCUAUUGGCUAGAAGGUAAACUCAAUGGAUAUCUGCCUCCGUCGUAACGUCUGUGGAGCUUAUUACUUGUAUUGUUGAUUUUAUAGGCCAGCUCUACAAGUGUUGUUCACUAUACGAUGGAUUUUUUGUUUUCAGAGGGGGCUGAAUACAUUUGAUAGUUUCUUAAAACAUUUAUUUUAUUUCUUUUGGAAUUAAUUAGUGAAGUUUUACAACAACAAUAAUUACAAUAGCAUAACAACAGCAGUAACAGCAACAAAAGCAAAAGCAGCACACAAAAAAAACAAGCAACAACAACAAAAAGAAUAACGACAACAACAACAAUAACAUAAACUACAACAACUACAAAAACAACAAAACAGCAACAACAAUAACAACAGCUACAAUAACAACAACUACAACAACAACUACAAAAAACAACAGCAACAACAACAACAAUAACACCAACUAAAACAACAACAACAAUCACAUAAACUAUAUCAACUCAAACAACAAAAACAAUAGCAACAGCAAUAACAAAACAACAACAACAACAACAAUAACAACAACUACAACAACAACAAAAACAACAUCAACAACAAUAACAACUACAGAAACAACAGCAACAAAACAAUUACAACAACAGCAGCAAAUGACACAACUACAAAAACAAUAAGAAAGCAACAACAACAACAUCAAUGGCUUAGAAAUUAGACUUGAAAGCCUGUGAACUAGAUACAAGCUACUUAGAUCUUAUGUCCUGUAUGUGAACUGUAUUUUGGCUCAUUUGUAACCUAGCUCAUAUCUGUCUUUACAAAAGUGAAUAAAACAUUUAUUUGCUAUCGUCUAUUUUUGAGCUACUGGCCCUCAGUCUAUCAAGAAAAUCCAUCUCUGUGAAUACCUAACGAAGAGUCUAGAGUGGGAUACCUAAAACAGAGAGAACUAGAGAUCUUAGUUCACCUGCUUUCACCUCAGUAGUGAAUGUAGGAUUUAAAAUUUACCUUUAAAACUACUGGAAAAAAACAAUGUAAAAAAAAUAAAAAAUAAAAAACUUAAAAUUUUUAAGUAUUAUAUUUUAAAGUGUUUUUUUUCUCCAAAAAUUCUAAGCUAAGAUAGCUACUACUUGAGAAACAAUGUACGUAUGACAUCUGACAUUUUAAAUCAACAAUUGUUUGAAGGAGAAAGUUAGUUCGACAGGGAAACAAAUUUCUACAUUUUAGACUUAACAUAUUACUUGAGUAAAUAGGAAAAUAUAAACAAGUUUCAUGCAAAUACACAAGGCAUAUAGAGAUAGUACUGAAGAUAUAUAUAUAGUUCCAUCUAUUAGAUCUAAUUAAAUUGUGAAUAUUAUUAAUUACCUUAUGUGUUACGAUUUUACAAAACUACUUUUGCAUUGGGACAAUGAUUUCUUUGCUCACGGAAUUCUCCUUACGUAUAAUUGUUUAGUUCAUGCGUAAAUAUCAGUGAGUGUUUUUAUAUGUAAAUAUCAGUGAGUGUAUUUAUAUGUAUUUCAUUUUUAGUGCGUAAAUAGACACAUUAUCUCUUAUAGAGAAACAAUUAUUUUGUGCUAGCCAAAUGACAUACUAUUGUUAGGAGUCACUGAUUAAAUUAUGUUGUUUAUUUUUCACCCUGUUUACAGCUAUAUUUGUUAUUAUAUUCUGAUGUUAAACAAUAUGUUAUUACCUGUUUAGGUUAUUGUCAUGCUCUUUACUAAACGCCAUUUUAAAUGCUUCAGAACCUGUAAGUGUGUAAAUCCAACGCAUUAUCGACACUAAACCAAUGAGUCGUAAUACACGUCUUCAUCUCUGAUAAAAUAUUCAUGUAUUAACUUGUGUACAAAUUGCUGUGAUUAAAAUGAUCUGAUAGAAUAAAAAGAUUGAGAUUUAUGU